CCCGGGGACAGGCCAGACCUGCCCCUAGGCUGCCCGCUGAGGAGGCGCCCCCCGCAGGGGGAAACUGACUUCCAUCAGGGCCCGCCCACCGCUCCCCUCCCCUCCCCUCCCCGGAGCGAAUCUCUCCCGCACUCCCGCCCCAGAAGUCGAGGGGCCCCCGCCCGGCCUGCCGCGCUCCGGCCGCCGGGACCCUCGGCCUCCGAGCAGCAGCCAGUCCGGACCCCGGGAAGAUGGCGAGGAGGAGCCGCCACCGCCUCCUCCUGCUGCUGCUGCGCUACCUGGUGGUCGCGCUGGGCUAUCAUAAGGCCUAUGGAUUCUCUGCCCCAAAAGACCAUCAAGUGGUCACAGCAAUAGAGUAUCAAGAGGUUAUUUUAGCCUGUAAAUAUCCAAAGAAGACCAUUUCCUCCAGAUUAGAGUGGAAGAAACUGGGCCGGAGUGUCUCCUUUGUCUACUACCAGCAGGCUCUUCAAGGUGAUUUUAAAGAUCGAGCUGAGAUGAUAGAUUUCAGUAUACGGAUCAAAAAUGUUACAAGAACUGAUGCUGGGAAAUAUCGCUGUGAAGUUAGUGCCCCAUCUGAGCAAGGCCAAAAUCUGGAAGAAGAUACGGUCACUCUAGAAGUCCUAGUGGCCCCAGCAGUUCCAACCUGUGAAGUACCCAAUUCUGCUCUGAGUGGAACUGUGGUAGAGCUGCGAUGUCAAGACAAAGAAGGGAAUCCCGCUCCUGAGUACACAUGGUUUAAAGAUGGCGUCCCUUUGUCAGAGAAUCCAAAACUUGGCUCCCAAAGCACCAACAGCUCCUAUACAAUGAAUACAAAAUCUGGAACUCUGCAAUUUAACACUGUUUCAAAACUAGACAGUGGAGAAUAUUCCUGUGAAGCCCGUAAUUCUGUUGGACAUCGCAGGUGCCCCGGGAAACGAAUGCAAGUCGAUGAUCUCAAUGUGAGUGGCAUCAUAGCGGCCGUGGUGGUUGUGGCCUCAGUGAUUUCUGUUUGUGGCCUUGGCGUGUGCUAUGCUCAGAGGAAAGGCUACUUUUCAAAAGAGACCUCGUUCCAGAAGAGUAGUUCUGCAUCUAAAGCCACCACAAUGAGUGAAAAUGAUUUCAAGCAUACAAAAUCCUUUAUAAUUUAAAAGAAUUCCACCUUUGAGAUACGCCAAAACCACAGUUGUUACACAAGUUAUUAAAAGAUUAUAAAACUCUGCUUUGUCUUACAUUUGCAAAGAGGUACAUGAGGAGAUGAAUUUGGUAUUUCGUGAUAAUUUUUAUGAUCGUUAAAUUACUUGAAAUUGUUAUUUUAAACAAAUAGUUCUGUCAGCACCUAAAUAAAAUCCAGUCUGGCUUUUUGCCUCUGGACUAAGUUAAAAGAAUCACAAAACUUUGUAAGAUUCUGGGGUUUAUGAAAUGUUAAAUGUCCUAACUCCUAGAGAAACUUACUAAAAUAUAUGAUACUGAUUGUGAAAUUAAUCCACAGAGCAUGAAAAUACAAACUGUGUGCACCCUCUGUGCAGGAGUCUGAUUUAGAGGGUUCAGAAACUACUGAUAGACGCUUAAGGAACCUCUAGUCUCAUUUCUACCAGAAUCCUCUUUUCUCCCCUAAUACAAUCCUUACUCCGCUGCUCAUUUGUCACUAAUCUAUUCACAGAAGGGAGGUAGGAGGAGUGGGUCUUAUUCCCAAGGAUUUGCACUUUGUGUUUAUUUUUAUUUCUGGGGAACCAAAAGCAACAUGAAGAAAAAUACCUAAUGACCAGAGCUCUCUCCCUUGGCAUGUGUCAUUGAUUUUUUCCAUUAAACAUAAUUUUGAGAGUCAAACACAAACCCAAGUGUCUUAUUUCACUUGAGUUGUUUUUUGCUCUUUCCUUCCUCUAAGACCCCUUUGAAGAGGAUCAGGGACCUUGAUCUCAGAACUCAUCACUGGACCCUCCACACAUAACCUUGCAGAUACCUUUCUCUGCAUGUUGGUGACUUCAUAUUGAUUUUCAAAUGAUUUUCUGUGCAAACCAUGCAGUGAAAUUCUGGGCUGGGCCGAGUGCCUUGCUGGCCAAUCCUGCUUACUGCAGAGCCGGGGAUGUAGAGAGGAGAAGGGGCUGUGCCCUACACCUGUGCCCUGCUUGAUACAUAGAAGACAGGAGAAACGCUGGCUGAAAUGAAAAAUCGGUCUCAUCAUCUGGUUUCUCCACUGAUUAAUUCUAACGGGGUCCAAGCUAGUGUUAGAGUGAAAAUUCUAAUGAUCCGUGUAAUAGUAAGAGCAACGAGACUGUUAAAAAAGCAUAAUCUUCUAUAACUUAGUGUGAUUAUUCAAUUCAUGUAAAAUAUGGGUAAUAAAAUAUGGAUAGGGCAUUUCUAGUUCUGGGCAAAUCUGGAUGAAAAGGUUACUCACGAACUUUGUCAACUUUGAACAUGGUUAAGCUGCUUUUAAAGGAGUCCAUUCUUUUUUCCCCUCGGACAAAGCAAGUCCCAGGAUUUACUGGACAAACGGCUUAAGCACUAGCAUGUACCUGGACACCACACCAGGUCCCUGGGAAGAUGCCUAUUGUCAGACUAUACCUUGCGCCCCACUUGUCUGGGGCACUGGGUGCUUCUCACCAGACUCCUUCCAACAUUUUCUAUAAAGGGCCAGAUACUACAUAUUUUAAGCCAUACUGGCCUGUUACAACUACUCAACUCUGCCUUUGCAUCACAAAAGCAGGCAUAGACAAUAAUAAACAAAUGGCAUGCUUGUGUUCCAAUAAAACUUUAUUUAUAAAAACAGCAGGCACAGACAGGAUUUGGCUCCCAUACAUGGUUUCCCAACUCUGGUGGUGAAGCAUGAGAAAAACACCUGUCUAUAAA